GCAAUUUAACCACUAUACCUUAAGAGGAAACGAAGAAGCUCUUAUUGUAUGCUUCUUUGAAGUUUUCUGCAUCACUCUAAGAUCUCUUCCGGUGCGUUAGCUGUGACCCAACCCAACCGACUAGAGUGACCCAACCAUGUCGUCGUCCUGGACCCCCGAUAUGGCUAGUUUGCAGCAACUAGUGCAUAUCUUUGCAGGAACACUUUCUCCCGAUACAGCCAUCAGGCAGGAAGCCACCAGUGCUCUCACCCAAGCAAAGUCUAUUGCAGAUUUUGACAACUAUCUUCUGCAUAUCCUCCUGGCGUCCGAAAUCAAUGAAUCCACACGUGCCUCCGCAGGGAUCUACUUGAAGAACGAUCUAGUGAAAAACUUCAAGUUCAAGAAGCCAGAUCUUCAGUCCCACAUACUUGAACUACUUCCCCAGGGGCUACUCUCGAAUAGCACUUUUGUGCGGCGUAUCACGUCCGGUAUCAUCAGUGCUGUCUUCCGUACCGUCGGGCCGCAGGGUUGGCCAAGCGUCGUCCCUGAUUUGAUCUCGUUGAUCUCAGGUGCUGCAGGUGCAGAUGCGAUCGAUGGUGCCUCUGAGGCCUUUCUGUCGAUCUGUGAAGACAGCGCUAGAUUAUUGGAGCAAGAGGUGCAAUCAUCUGCAGGUGUGAUCGUCCCGAUGCAACUCCUGGUCCCAAGACUGGUUGAGAUCAUUGCCAACGGGUCGAUGGCUGCCAAAGUCAGAGCCAGAGCGUUGGCCUGUUUGGUCCAUUGUAUCAACGUUGGCUCGCACACAUUAUACGUGAAUAUCGAUUCCAUUUUGAGCGUCGUGUUUGCUUUGUGCCAACAGAACAUUUCGGAUGAAAAAAUCCAGGGACAGAUUGCUGCUAUCUUUGUUGGAAUAUUGGACAAGUGGCCCGAGAAACUAUAUCAACAUUGGUCCGGCGUCGUUUCCUGGUGUACACACAUGGUGAAAGAGGGCGAUGAGAGUGUUGCGUUGCAGGCAGACGAGUUCCUCUUGUCCAUGAGCACGAGUGAACUACCUCCUGAUAUGAUCUUACCUUAUCUGGAAAUUAUCAUUCCUGUAUUACUAGAAAAAAUGGUUUACGACGAAACCGAUGUUGAGCUGAUGGAAGCCGAAGAUGCGAAGGAUGAUGGCUCAGAAGAUAAAGACGAAGACAUAAAGCCACAAAUGGCGAAAUCCAAAGAACACAAAGCCAUCAAAAAGGAGAAUGAAGACGGCAAUAAAAGCAAUGGUCGUGGUGUUGACGCAACCGAAGAAAGCGAUGAAGACGAUGAUAAUGAAGAGGAUAACGAUGACGACUUUGACAACUCUUACACGUGGAACCUGAGAAAAUGUUCUGCCGCAACUGUUGAUAUGCUUUCGACCACUUUCCCCAAGGAGGUUUUACAGUACUCGUUUCCUAUGAUCAAAGAAAGCAUGAACGCCCAACAAUGGCCAAUACGUGAGGCUUCCAUCUUGAUAUUGGGUGCUGUCUCGGAGGCGGCUCUUCAAUAUGCUGCUGAACAACUUCCAGAGUUGAUUCCUUUUCUCGUUGAUAGAAUAAAGGAUGACCAACCACGUGUUCGUCAAAUAACAUGUUGGACACUGAGUAGGUACGCCGCAUGGGUAUGUUCUGAGGCAACAACAGGGGGUGCCUUUGCAAAUUAUUUCAAGCCGACCUUUCAAGCUAUCAUGGAUUGCGCCUUGGACAAAAAGAAGGUUGUUCAAGAGAGUGCAUGUUCGUCAUUAUCCGACUUCAUCGAAUGUUCUGACCCUCAGCUAAUCUCACAGUUUGUCGAGCCUUUGUUGCAUCACUUCCAAGCAUAUUUUGCCAACUACCGUAGGAAAAAUAUGAUUGUCUUGUAUGAUACUGUGCAAACGUUCACAGAAAAAGUUGGUGAGCAGCUGCGUUACAAUCCAACAUAUGUUGAUUUGUUAUUGCCACCUCUCAUUCAAAGAUGGCAAGAAUUGGAUGAUUCCGACAAAGAUUUAUGGCCUCUACUUGAAUGUAUGUCAUCUGUUGCAGCAUCCAUUGGUGAGGCCUUUGCAGGUUGUGCUGAGCCUGUCUAUGAGCGUGCUGUUCGCAUCUUGCACAAAUGUAUCGAAGAAGAGAAAAUGGCAAAUAGUGACCCAACCUUUGUUGCACCUGAAAAGGACUUUAUUGUCACCUCACUCGACUUGGUUGACGGGUUGAUUCAAGGUUUGACAACACAUUCUGGACAACUUAUUGCGCAAAAUGACUCCAAAACAUCCUUCUCCUUGAUGGAACUGGUUCUUACAUGUUUGGAUGAUAACUACUAUGAUGUGAGACAGUCAGCUUAUGCAUUACUUGGAGACUGUGCAAUAUACUUAUUUGAUUUGUUGAUCAAACCAUAUAUUCAGACCUUGAUGGUUAGUAUUUACCAGGAAAUCACAAAUCUCAAUGAUGAUGCCAUUGCCUCAUGCAACAACGCCAUUUGGGCAUUAGGUGAAAUUGCCAUCCGUGCUGACAACAAUUUGAUUCAACAAUAUUUGUCCAACUUCUUUCGUGUUUUGGAACCGUUGAUUCACGACUUCAAUGCUGAUGUCACCUUGUUGGAGAACACUGCUGUUACGAUUGGUAGAUUUGGAAUUUUCUAUCCCGAUCAGACAGCAGUAGUUGCUCAAGAAGUGUUAAUCAUGUGGUGUGAGCUCAUUAGCGGUUUAGAAGACAAUGAAGAGAAAGCAAGCGCAGUCAAUGGUAUGUGUAACAUCAUUAUGAAACAUCCUGAGAUUGCCAAUGAUCUGGGAAAUGUUCGUGCCAUUAUUGAUAUGAUUGCUAACUACCACGAACCAAGUGUGGAGUUAGCUGAAGUGUUCAAGGUACUUCUAGAAGGAUUCAAGUCUGGUUUAGGAAUGGAGUGGGACAGAAUUAUUGGUGACUCUCCUGCAUGUCAAUCCUUACGUCAAAGAUACGGCGUUUGAUAUAAUAGAAUAACUCAUAGUAAAAUAAAAGCUAAUAAAAGUUAGAAUAAAUAAUAUUGAAAAUAAUAUAAAUAUUGAUAAUAAC